CGCUCGCUCGCUUAAUCAGAUUAGAUUUCGAAUUUCAGAAUUUAUUUCUCGUUUGAAUUUGUAGCUUGCCGUAAAACUGCAAGAUUUCGAAAACAUUUGCUAAAUUGUAGUUGUGUUUGAAACCAAAUUCCACAGAAGCUGGCAGAAAAUGAGAGCUGUCAAAACUCGCAGAAAUGGUGGUCGACUGCAAAAUCCAACUCAAUUCGCCGGACUUACGGCCACGGGAAUACAAUAUUCAGCUGCGUAUCCGCAGCAAGCCAUUGGAGCUCACAGCAAGUCAAAGCCAGCGACAGCUGUCAGCAGCCAACAACAAUUGCUUCAACAACAACAGCAGCAGCAGCAGCAAUAUCUGGCACAGCAACAGCAGCAACUGCAGCAGCAGCAGCAACAGCAACAGCAACAGCUGCAAUCAGCUAAUCUACCCAGCUAUGCCGACCAGAUGCAAGCCGCCUUCCUUGAUUACCAGCGUCAGCGAUUGGAGUUUGAGCAGCAGCAACAGCAAUUGCUGCAAAAGCUCUACACCUACUAUCCCGAUGUCUCCGGCCAACAGCAGCACCAACUGCAGCAUGAACAGCCGCAACAGUCGGCCAGCGGCAGUGUCAAUGCUGCAGGAAAUCGAUACCUCACACGGCAAUCCACGUCAGUUUUUGGCAGCGGCAACGGAUUGCAGCCGCAGCAACAACGCCAGCAGACGCAGCUGCCGCAGUUGCAGUCGCAGUCACAGCCACAGUUGCACACAACAGCAUCCGGCGGACUGGGCAAUUUCUACUCGACCCAGCAGCACAUGGGAUUCCUGCAGCAGCAGCAGCAAGAUGUGCUGCGCGAUCAGCAGCAGAAUGUUGCGCAGCAGUUCGCCACCGGCCAACUGGCACCCAGCACCACCACGAACUACGGCAUGGCAGUGCCCGAGACCUCCGUACUGGGUUCUCCAUCGUAUCAACCUUCGUCAGCCGUAUCCCAUGUGAGAUUCUCCAGCGGCAAUCUCAACUACAACUUCUAAGACACACGCGCUUCAAUCGAUUUCACGAUAUGCCAGGCUCUGCUGCAUCCCGCCAGUGGACCCAGAAACUCAAAUGACUAACUAAUGGAUAAUCGACCUCUGUUUUUUUUUUGUCACUCCUUUUUUUUGCACGCACUUAGUUUUAAUUUAUUCUAAUCUCGUAAUAGUCAUUAGUAAUAUCUUUUUUUUUUUUUGUAACUAUGUGAAAAUUUUGCAGCAGCGUAGCUAUGAGUCAUAUAUUGUCUAAAAUUAAAAUUC